AUGAGGCUUGUCGAGCAAGUCCUCCAGGACGCAAAGACUGACAAGCAAUUCGUCCAUGAGAUUGCUCUGAUACCGGCGCUAAUUUCCGACUUCUUCCCAAAAGAGGCAAACCAAUCUGCGAACUCCGAUGAGGCCGUCACACAUGGUGCCACUGUCUCUUCAUUAUUCCUCUUCAUUAAAAUAGCAGACAGGGACAAACCUCUGAACAAGCUUAGCAUUACAAGUCCCGCGACGAGAUCUGUGACUUCUCCCCACACCCAGUUUUCGGAGGCGAGUAGUCCCGUGCCAAAGACAGCGGAUUGCUUGGUAACUUUGGACUCCGUGGACAAACCAAAGCAUGGUUGGGUGCAGCCCAUAUUGGAGUCAUCUUUACUGUGGAUGCCGACGGUGAUCACGGUAUCUGACGACAAGGGCCGUCUGAAUAUGAAGGAUGUUGGACGCAUGCUUCUAGGGGCUAAGAAGUGUAAAGAGGACGACGAGGCUGAGAUUGUCCGUCUCCAAGCCAUGCGUAGCCUCAAGUCCCAUUCCUAUGCUUUUAACAGCGCCAUCACUGCGGGAAAGUCACCCAGGUCCAACGAACGAAAAAAACUCAAGCCAAGAUCUUCGAGACCAUAA